CUCUCUCUCUCAUCUCUCUCGAUGAUAAUCUCCAAAUCCUUCAAAGCACCACCGCACAAAUCCUCCGCCAGAUCUUCUUCUUCGUCGGUGAUCUCAAACCAUCAGCAAAUGGAGAGCCACCUGAAGCGCCAGCGAACCACACGUGUCUCCACCAGGAACUUGAAGCGAAAACUCAAUCGCAACACAGCAGAUGCUGCGUCACUCGUCAAGGCGGCUAACGACGAACAGCAAAGUCUCGUCCGCGCGAUCCGCAGCCACAUCGAUGUUCUUAACUCCGUCUUCUCAGAUGAUGAUGAAUUUGAUCUCGAAGCUGUUGAAGACGCUGCUGGUGAUCUCGCCGACCUGGCUAAAAUCGACGAAAAUGUGGAAAUCAUCGUUGAAAAUGGAGCUAUCCCUGCGUUGGUGAAAUAUUUGGAAUCUCCGUGGGAUUCAGAAGUUGCCGGCGGUGAUGCUCCCAAAUCUUGCGAGCAUAAGUUAGAGAAAGAUUGUGCUAUUGCUCUCGCACUCAUUGCUGCGAUUCAGCCUGGUUACCAGCAGCUCAUUGUGGAUGCUGGAGCUAUAGUUCCCACCGUGAAGUUGUUGAAGAGACGGUGUAUUUGUUGUGACACUACGGCUGCUAAUGCUGUUAUUAGGAGAGCAGCUGAUAUAAUCACUAAUAUUUCUCAUGACAAUCCAAGGAUUAAAAAAUACAUAAGGGUUGAAGGUGGCAUUCCACCACUUGUUGAGCUUCUAAAUUUUCCGGAUGAUAAAGUACAGAGGGCUGCUGCAGGGGCCUUGCGAACAGUUUCUUUUAGAAACGACGAGAAUAAGAUCCUAAUUGUGGAGUUGAAUGCUUUGCCUACGCUUGUAUUGAUGCUUCAGUCUUCAGAUUCUUCUGUGCACGGUGAAGCGAUUGGGGCAAUCGGAAAUCUUGUCCACUCAUCUCCUGACAUCAAGAAAGAGGUCGUCCGUGCUGGUGCCUUGCAACCAGUAAUUGGACUACUUAGCUCCACUUGUUUGGAAACACAUAGAGAGGCAGCAUUAUUGAUAGGUCAAUUUGCUGCGCCUGAUUCCGAUUGCAAGGUGCACAUUGGCCAGAGAGGUGGCAUUACACCCCUGAUUAAGAUGCUUGGAUCAUCAGAUGAGCAGGUCGUGGAGAUGUCAGCUUUUGCUCUUGGUCGUUUGGCCCAGGACGCACACAAUCAAGCUGGCAUUGCACAUAGAGGAGGUAUCGUCGCGUUACUAAAUCUUCUUGAUGUGAAAACGGGGACUGUGCAACACAAUGCCGCAUUUGCCUUGUAUGGCCUUGCAGAUAACGAGGAAAACGUAGCAGAUUUCAUUAAGGCUGGAGGAGUUCAAAAGCUUCAAGAUGACAACUUCACUGUUCAACCGACUAAGGAUUGUGUGGUGCGGACAUUGAAGAGGCUACAGAACAAAAUUAAUGGACCAGUACUAAACCAAUUAUUAUACCUAAUGAGAACCGCCGAGAAGACUAUAAAAACACGAAUUGCUCUUGCUCUUGCACAUCUUUGUGACCCUAAAGAUGGAAAAGUUAUUUUCAUUGAUAACAAAGGAGGAGAACUUUUGUUGGAACUUCUCUAUUUCUCAAGCGUCAAGCAGCAGAGAUACAGUUCAAGUGCUUUAUACGAAUUAGCUACAAAAGCUACAUCCUUUGCAACAGAGGACUCAGCUCCUGCCUCACCCACCCAACAGGUAUUUUUGGGUGAAAAAUUCGUGAACAACCCUACUUUGUCCGAUGUCACAUUUCUCAUUGAUGGUAAACAAUUCUCUGCUCACAAGAUUUGUUUGGUAGCUUCCUCUGAUAUAUUUCGUGCAAUGUUUGAUGGUCUAUACAAG